AUGGCUGUCGCUCUCCAAGCCCUCCGCCGCAGCCGCCCCCUCCUCCUCGGGCUCCUCCCCCACCCCUCCCCUCUCUCCACAUCCUCCUCACCUCCCGACAUCCGCGAGCUCCUCCGCAUCGACCGCAUCCUAAACUGCCCCUCAGCCGCCGGCGGCGGCGGCGGCGGUGGCCAACCCUCGCAACCCCAGCAACACCCACGCGCCGCCAUCGACCUGCACCAGCUCCUCCACCGCGCCGCCGGCCUCACCGCAGCGGAGUCCGCAUCCCUCCUCCGCCGCCUCCCCGGCGCCCACGCCCACCCGCACCCCCGCCUGGGCCGCCUCCUCCACGAGCUCGCGGGCCUCCGCCUCCCUGGGGGCGAAGUCAAGGCCGCCCUAGCGUCCGACCCGGAAGGCCUUCUCUCCAUGGACCCCGGCGAGCCGUCCCGCCUCCUCGACCUCCUGCGCAACCUCCGGUGCCGGGAGGCGGUGAGGGACCAGAUCCUCGCCCACGGCCCGCUCCGAGCUGCCGUCGCCGCCCGGCGGCGGGUGGAGCUCCUGCGCGCGCGCGGGAUGACCCGCCACGACGCCCUGCGCGUGCUCGCCGCCGAGCCGCGGGCGAUGCUGUAUUCGACGCAGGACGUGGAGAGGAAAGUGGAGUACUUGGUGGAAACGAUGGGAUUCGAGGUCGGGUGGCUAGUGCAGUAUCCGGAGUUCCUGGGCGUGAACCUAGAAAGGUGGAUCAUCCCGCGGCACAAUGUGGUGGAGCACUUGAAAUCCGUCGGCGGGCUUGGGGACCCUGUGGAGAUGAAGCACUAUGUUACGCUCACCCGCAGGAGGUUUUACAACAUGUUUGUCAAGCCGUACCCGGAGUGUGAGAGGAUCUUUGGGGGCCUGGUCAGGGAGAGGUCCGAGACGGCGAGGCGGCGACAUCCGACCGGGCUAUGGAAACUGUUUAAGCCGGCGAAGCAUGAGAGAACUCAGGAGGAUGUGCAGAACAUGAAGCUUCUUGUGGGAUCACUUAAAUGA